GCGAACAAAGGGCUCACCGGCUCUUUUCUUCCUCUAGACGGACACGUAAAAAAGAAAGGGAUCCAACGAUCGGGGAUUUUUGACGUUGGGAGUAGGGUUGGGAGAGGGCAAACGGACACAACACAAUCACCACCGUCAAUCCAUGACGAUUGGUUCCGGAGGAUCGAGCGUCGUUGUUCCUCGGAACUUCAGAUUGCUAGAAGAGCUCGAGCGUGGAGAAAAGGGCAUUGGAGAUGGCACUGUUAGCUAUGGGAUGGAUGACGGUGAUGAUAUCUACAUGCGUUCCUGGACAGGCACAAUAAUUGGGCCGCACAAUUCUGUGCAUGAAGGCCGCAUAUUUCAGCUGAAAUUAUUCUGUGACAAGGAUUAUCCUGAGAAACCUCCUAGUGUUAGGUUCCACUCACGAAUUAACAUGACGUGCGUUAAUCACGAGACUGGAGUGGUAGAACCGAAGAAAUUCAGCAUGCUGGCAAACUGGCAGCGAGAAUACACAAUGGAAGAUAUCUUGACACAGCUGAAGAAGGAAAUGGCAGCACCCCACAACCGGAAAUUGGUUCAGCCCCCAGAAGGUACUUUCUUCUAGGUUCAUUGGUUCCCACUUUUAUGGCCUCAUUUGAUGGAGUGCAGUGAGUGGUGCAUGUUAAUCAGUACAAAGUUGUGUGUGAAAAUGAUUUGGUUGAUUCAUUGUGCUGGCGAGGAAACAAAAGAUUGGACCAAAGGGACAAAAGUGCAUGGGUAUUUUGACAAGUUGACGUAAUUUGUUGCUAGUAUUGUAUUUCAUGUUGGUGUUCUUAA